AUGUCGACUAGUCCUAAAGAAUUUGGUUCUCCUGAAACUGCACAUGCUGAUAGUAGUCUGGAGACAAAGCUAGCAACGUAUAAGCAGAAGUUGAAAAUACUUAAAUAAGGCAUAUAUUGAAGAACAGACUGCAAAAGAGGGAUUUAAGAAACAAAUCCUCUCUUUGUGCAACUCAAAUGAGAAACUCCAGAAAGAUUUAGAAGAAAUGGAGGUAAAGUAUCUCAAAUCUUACCGGAGUAAUCAAGAAUUGCAUGACCAGAUUAUACAGGAAAAGACUGUUUCCUCAGGAAACAGAGGUAGCCUAUAUUGGGGGAGCAAACCGACUGGAGAAUCUUCUCCCAAGAAGAACAGUGUAGAAUCUCCAACCAAGGAACAGAACGGAGAAGUACUUACCUUAAAAAUAAAUCAGCUUGAGAAGCAGAUAAAGUACCUUGAAGGUAAGAUUGAGGAAAAAGAGCAUGAAGUUGAGGAAAAACAAGGUGAGAUCAGGGACACCGAGGAUCGCCUUAAAGAAAUAGAUAAUGAAUUUCGGCACUACAAGCAUGAAUUCGAGGCUGAACGUGGUAAACUCCGCAAGCAAUUUGAAGCUAAGAGGAAGGAAUUAGAAGUGAAACUUCAGGAAAUCUUAAAAGAAAAAGAAUCAUUUAAAGAGGAACAAGAGCGAAUAGCCAAAGAGAAGAUCCAGCAGAUCCUAGACAGUACUGAGAAAGAGAAACAAACUCUAAAGGAAAGAAUUGAGGUCUUGGAGAAAGAAAUUAAUGAAAAGGCAGAUGAAUUUUUGGAACAGGCUGUAAAGAUGGAUGAAAUAAAGACAGAACUAACAAUCUCUAAAGAGAAUGAAGUAAAAUUACAAAAUGACAAUGAAUGACAGAAAGAUAUGAUCGCUGCGAUGCAAGUCAUUCUUCAAAAGCACGAAAAGGAGAACCAGCAAUUAGCAGGGAAAUUGAUGACAGUGAAGCAGCAGAUUAUAGAUUCCUGAAUAUUCAAAACAGAGAAUAGGAAGUAUUCUGGCACUAGGGUCACAUCAUUCGGAAAGUCGCAAGCAACCCUAUACUUCACUGAAGACGAUGUGGGUGAUAACAAGACAGAUCCUAUGUUCUCUCUCGUGCUUGAGUAUGGAAGUGGAAAGGCAUUUAAAGUUUCAAUGAAAAAUUUAACAGAUUUUUACCUUAUCGAAGGGACAAAUCAGAUAUGAUUCUCAUGGCCUGAAAAUUCCUGGCUGAAGAAGAGCAGAACAGAGACGUUUGAUUCUGAAGAGUCUGAUGCUAUAGUUGAGAGGUACCUUCAGAUAAUGGAGCAGAUGGACAUACCUCAGGAGACUGAGACUUCAUCGUAG